CUCACCUAGAGCUGUCCGGUCGCAGACAGUCUCCGAGACGCUUCCUGUCCGGUAAGCGUCGAACGACUGGAACGGUGACCCAUAGUGCAUUGCGAUGGCCCGCAGGCGUGAGGGGCGGAGCCAGGGCCGGAAGUAGAACGGUAGAGGCGGCGGUGGCUUUGGGAGCUCGGGACUGAGUGCAAGUACUGCAAAAUCAUCAUGAUUCUUCAGCGGCUCUUUAGGCUUUCUUCUGUUGUCCGGUCAGCAAUCUCCGUCCAUUUGCGAAGAAACAUUGGUGUCACAGCGGUGGCCUUUAAUAAGGAACUCGAUCCUAUACAGAAACUCUUCGUGGACAAGAUUAGAGAAUAUAAAUCAAAGCGACAGACAUCUGGAGGACCUGUUGAUGUUGGCCCAGAGUAUCAGCAAGAUAUGGAGAGAGAGCUUUUUAAGCUGAAGCAAAUGUAUGGGAAAGCAGACAUGAACACAUUUCCGACCUUCAAAUUUGAAGAUCCCAAAUUUGAAGUCAUCGACAAACCUCAGGCUUGAAGAGAUACUGUCAAGUUGAUCUAGUAGUUUGCCAUGGAUUUGUUUUAUAAUUAAUAAGUAUCAGAAUAAACAUCCAUUUCAAAACUGUCCAAUGUUCUUUCAAUUCUGAUUUCAAAUAAAUUAUUUGAUGAUGCUGAACCUA